CAUUUCCUAAACUAUCACCAUUCUAAAGCCUUUUCCUCUUCUCCAAGCCCCAGAAGCUACCAAACCCUUAGACUUAUUGCUGCAGUAUUCUGAAAAUGGAGAAGGGUCACACCUCUUAGCAGAAAGUUGUUUGAGCUAUCUUCAUCUGCUUUGACAUUUGGCUUAUUGAAUCCACUUCUUGAGUUCAUGCUGAUAUAAAGCUUUUUGACGACGAAAAAGAUGACAAAGAUUGGCAACAACAGAUUGAUCAUGUUCGUCGUCUUUGUGCUUGUAUUGUUUAGCUUGCAAGCAUGCAAAUGUUCGGAGCUCGAGCUACUAGUAUCGAUGAAAGCGUCGUUGAAUGAUCCUUUGGGCUCUCUUCGUGAUUGGAAUUCGUCUCGAGGUUUAUGCGAAUGGAGUGGUUUGGUUUGUGAUGGUUCAUCACAUGUUGCCAAGAUUGAGCUCUCUGGGAAGAACUUAUCAGGUAGAAUUCCAGAGUCGUUGUUCGAGUUGUUCGAGUUGCCAUAUGUGAAAUCUAUUGAUCUCUCUAGCAAUGAGUUAUUUGGAGAGAUUCCAAGCAACUUAUUAUCUUCUUGCUUGUCACUCCAAUAUCUCAAUCUAAGCAACAACAACUUCACAGGGGGGCUUCCACAAGUGCCAAGUCCAUUACUCGAGACUCUGGAUCUCUCGAACAACAUGCUUUCUGGGAAAAUCCCAGAAAAUAUUGGGUUUUUCUCAGGCCUUAAGGUUCUUGAUUUUGGUGGGAAUGUGUUGGUGGGAAGCAUUCCAAAGUCUAUUACAAACAUGUCUCGGUUGGAGUACUUAACCUUGGCUUCGAACCAAUUUUCUGGAGAAAUACCCCGGGAGUUGGGGGUUAUGAAGAAUUUGAAGUGGAUUUAUCUGGGGUACAACAAUUUCUCGGGUGGAAUCCCGGGGGAGAUUGGGGAGUUGCCCAAUUUGUAUCAUGUCGAUCUCGUCUACAACAAUCUCACUGGCGAAAUCCCUUCGUCUUUAGGUAAUCUCACCAGUCUUGAAUACCUUUUUCUCUACCUAAACAAGCUCUCAGGUCCAGUUCCAUCUUCCAUUUUUGGGCUCAAGAAACUGAAGUCACUUGAUCUAAGUGACAAUUUUCUGUCUGGUGAGAUUCCUGAGCUUAUAGGGCAACUGCAGAACUUGGAGAUUCUCCAUCUGUUCUCCAAUAAUUUCACUGGCGAAAUCCCGACAUCCUUAACCUCGUUGCCUCGUCUCCAAGUUCUUCAGUUGUGGUCUAAUCAAUUCUCGGGUGAGAUUCCAAGGGAGCUUGGGAAGUUCAACAACCUCACCAUAUUAGACCUUUCCACCAAUAAGCUCACUGGGAAAAUCCCAAACCAUCUUUGUUACCCUGGCCAUCUCUUCAAGCUCAUCCUCUUCUCAAAUUCCCUUGAAGGAGAAAUCCCAGAAAGCCUUUCUCUUUGCAAAACCUUGCAGCGAAUUCGCCUUCAGAACAAUAAACUAACCGGUCGUUUGUCCCCCGAGUUCACCAAGCUUCCGCUUGUCUACUUUCUUGAUGUCUCGGGGAAUAAUCUCAACAGCUCAAUCAGUGAAAGUAACUGGGACAUGCCAGCCCUGCAAAUGCUGAACUUGGCCAGGAACAAACUUUAUGGAUCUUUACCAGAUUCCUUUGGCACUCGAAAGCUCGAGAACUUGGACUUAUCUGGAAAUGGAUUUUCGGGUGAGAUUCCUCCGAGUUUUGGCAAGUUCUCCGAGUUAAUGGAGCUGAAGCUGAGUGCCAACAAGCUUACAGGUAAAAUCCCAGAUGAACUAUGUUCAUGUGAGAAACUCGUAACCCUCGACCUCAGUCACAAUCAGUUCACUGGUCAAAUCCCGUCGAGCCUUUCCCAGAUGCCAGUCCUGGGCCAGCUCGACUUGUCGGUGAACGAAUUAUCAGGAGAAAUACCACAGAAUUUAGGACAAAUCCCAUCCCUUGUUCAAGUCAAUGUCUCCUUCAACCAUCUAUAUGGAAGUAUACCCUCAACUGGAGCCUUCCUGGCCAUCAACUCCAGUGCAGUUGCUGGGAACACACUCCUCUGUGGUGGCGACGAAACAACCGGUUUGCCACCAUGCAAAGGCGGCGCUAAAGCUCGUGUUUGGUGGUACUUCUCGACUUGCCUUCUCGUUCUUGCAGUUCUUGCAGCAGCAAUGAUGAUCUUCGUUUUCAUCCGAAAACGAAGGAAGGAAAUGGCAAUGAAUAGAGUGGGGAGCAAAGAUGGAACAUGGGAGUUACAGUUCUUCGAUUCCAAGGCUUCGAAAUCCAUAACAAUGGAGGAUAUCUCAUCUUCAAGGACACAAGAGAAUCUCAUCUCGAGGCGAUCAUACAAAGGAAGCUCCAACCACAACAUGCAAUUCCUGGCAAAGAUUGAGAGCAACAUAAACCACUCAAGCUACUGGACCGAAACCUCGGAGCUUGGAAACCUUCACCACCCAAACAUCGUACGCCUGCUAGCUGCUGCGGCAUGCAUGUCGGAGAAGCACGGGAUUCUGAUCUACGAGUACAUUGAAGAAGGGAAGGAACUUUGCGAAGCGAUUCGUGGAAUGGGUUGGGAACGUAGACUAAAGGUGGCUAUAGGGAUUGCCAGAGCUCUUAAAUAUUUGCAUUGUUCUUGCUCGCCCAGUGUUAUGGUGGGUGAUGAUCUUUCAUCCCAGAACAUCAUCGUUGAUCACAGAGAUGAGCCCUGCCUAAGACUAAGACUUUCCCAUUCAAAGCGUUCAUCAUCUUCCCACCUUGCUCCAGCAGAAAUGGUUGAAUCUAAAGGCGCCACUGACAUGUACGGAUUUGGAGUUAUUUUGAUGGAAUUAUUGACGGGAAGAAGUCCAGCUGACGAUGAGUUCGGCGUGCAUGAAAGCAUUAUCGAGUGGGCCAGGUAUUGCUACUCCGAUCGCCACCUCGACGCCUGGGUUGACUCGCCUAUCAAGCCCGACGCCGUCGUUUACCGGAGCAAAAUCGUCGCCACCAUGAGCCUCGCCCUCGACUGCACCGCCGACAACCCCUCCGCUAGGCCCACCGCAAGCGCCGCCGUGAAGGCCCUCGAGGGCUUUGUCAGAUCCAACUCUUGUGGCUUGAAGCUUUGUAGUAAUGUCUAGUUUUUUUUUUUUUUUUUUUUUUGGGUUUUCUAACUCACUGUAUUUUAUUUUGUUUUAUUUUUUAUUUUUACUUUUGGUUUUAUAAAUAUUUAUUACUUUUGGUAUCUUUCUCAACCCACCCACCUCCCCCUUUUUGGUUUUUUCUUGACCAAUUUUAUGAGGUCUAAUUGAGUGCAUGUUGCUCAAUGUUUUCUUGAAUGUUAUGAUGACUUACUAUUAACUA